UGUUUUGCUGCUUAAGGUGGACUAACCAGACGACAGAAACAGGAAAGAUAAAGAGGGUUGCAGUGUUAUUGUGCCUCAGACAGUAGCUUUAAAGACGCAUAUAUAAUAAUAUCUUUUUUCAUCACUUUUAUAUCAGCGUGUUCGAUAUUUAAGCCUUAACAAAUCGUCUGUAUCGAUUCGAAGAACGAUGCCUUCUGAAAAGACCUUCAAACAAAGAAGGACAUUUGAGCAAAGAGUGGAAGAUGUGAGAUUAAUUCGAGAGCAACACCCAACCAAAAUACCAGUGAUCAUUGAAAGAUACAAGGGGGAAAAGCAACUCCCUAUUCUGGAUAAAACAAAGUUCCUGGUUCCUGACCAUGUCAACAUGAGUGAAUUAAUCAAGAUUAUCAGGAGACGUCUUCAGCUCAACUCCAAUCAGGCCUUCUUCCUCUUGGUUAAUGGACACAGCAUGGUCAGUGUCUCCACUCCAAUUUCGGAGGUCUACGAACGUGAAAAGGAUGAAGAUGGCUUUCUCUACAUGGUUUAUGCAUCUCAGGAAACCUUUGGCACUGGAGUCAGCCUGUAACUUUGACAAAUGUACUUCUUUGCAUCCUAAGUCAAUUUCAUCCCUUGUCUAACACCUGAGAAAAGUCAACUAGAAAUUCAAAAGAAAAGGAUGUCACUGAGCAGAGAAUUAAUUAACCAGUAAAGACUUGUCUGUUUUAAGUGGGAGCAAGUCAUGGAGGUUUUGAUUUCCUCCAGCAUUCUUAACUUUUGCUGAAGUGUAGUUCUUCUGUAAAGCAAAUCACUUGAUAAGAAAUGGAAUAAGAAACCAGGCCAAAACCCCCCACCCAUCAAACCUGUCAAGUGACAGCCCUUUUCUCCUUUUCCACUUGCCAACCCGUCCAUCUUACUAGGCUUUGAUUGUUUUUGUUAAUUUGCUUGAUUUUUUUUUCCUGCCCUUUUUGAGGACGCUAAACACCAGUUUGCUUCUUUAACAAAAGAAACAUAAUUUAAACUGACAUCAUUUAUGCAAAAGCAGAACACGUUGAAUCUAUUAGAGUUUUGUCGGAUUUGACAUUUGCUAUAUAAAGUAAAGACUGGUUGACUGGGUUAGUUUCGCUACCUAAGCCAAGCAAUUCCCGCCUUACCAUGCCUUUUCACAUCCACUCUUAACAUUUUGGGGCUGUGGGGGGGCCACAGCCCGUUUUGGCUGCAAUAGGGGCAAGGCAGGAUCUUGCUAAGCUUAUAUUAUCACUGUGCAAAAAGAAAAAAAGCAAAGUUUAGUGUACAUGGAUUGUCUCCUUGGUACUUGGCCAUAUUUGGUUGUCAUGAAUGAAGAGCUAGUCAACUUUUAUUUUCAAAGCCAUCUAUUUGGUGGUCAUAGAUGCAGCCACCAUCUCAAAGAUAUCAUCAUAAGACAAGUAGAGGACUCUGCCGUUAGUAACCGCUUGACUUAGAAAGUUUACUUUGUAGUUUCUAUUUAAGCCAUAGCUGUGUUACAUUUUCCCUCUUGUCUAAUUCUGUAGUCACAUUCAGUUUGUAAAUGGAGUCGCCCACAAGUUAUUUUGCCCACUAACGCCAUGUCUAAUAGGUGUUUUUCAUGUUUUUAGAAAUAAUAGCUAAGAAAAGCGGUUAUUUCUAUUUAUUUAAUUCUACUUUUUAAUAAAACUGUGUCUGCCUUUGGAAUAGGAGAUAUAUUUUUAGAUAAGUACUGUAGUUCUGGUUUUUGAAUAUAAUGUCCUUUCUCUUUAUCAGUUUUAGUAGAUUCUGUUUUGACUCGUCUCCACUUUCUGUUGCAUUAAAUUAAGCGCAAUAUAUUCAUUUUGUUUAAUCACAAAAAUGUUAAUAUUUUAUGUAUUGUUUAUGUGCAUGUACCUUAAUGCCCCUUUUUAUCUAGUUUGUAAAAUUUGAAAUUUUUAUUUUCAUCAUGUACAUUUAUUAUGUUAUUGAUUAUACAAUUUGCAUAUUUUGUACAUUUAAAGGUUUGUUUGUAUUUGGUUGGAUUUUGCAGUACACGGACUGUUGAAUGUUUUCUGCAGCUGAAACAGAUGACCAUUCUUGUAAAAGUAAAUAAAAAGGUGAUCCUGA